AUGAUAACGCUCAAUAGGAAGUUAAAAAAGGAACAUACGGAGCCAACGAACGGGGUUACCGUUGAACCUAUAAAAAGAAUAUCCGUGAGAGACAAAUUGUUAGUAAAAGAAGUGCAAGAAAUGAAUGAGAAUCUUCCUAUUACGUGUUCUGUACAUUUUGAGGAUCCUAAUGUUUUAAACGAGUUUAUAUUGACGGUAGCGCCCGACGAAGGUUACUGGUCGGGAGGUAAAUUUAAAUUUGGUGUAUUUGUGACUGAAGAUUAUAAUAUGGCUCCUCCUAAAGUAAAAUGUCUAACACGUCUUUGGCAUCCAAAUAUUAAUGUUGAUGGUGAUAUAUGCCUGUCCCUUUUACGACAAACCUCAAUAGAUGAACAUGGUUGGGCACCAACUAGAAGACUUAAGGAUGUUGUGUGGGGAUUAAAUUCUUUGUUUACAGACUUACUUAAUUUUGAAGACCCUUUAAAUAUAGAAGCUGCCGAGAUGUAUAAGAAGAACAAAACGGAAUUUCAGUCUAAAGUGCUAGAAUAUAUUGCAGUGUCAAAAGGAAAAAGA